GAGGAAGUGGAGCCGCGGCGCGGAGCUCCGGAGUCAGCCGCUGCGCUCAGGUCCGUCCCGUUUUGUUUUUUUUUUUUUUGCAAAACGAACCUCGUUCCGGGACCUGGGACGACUUCCCCGCCCGGGAUCCCCGCCAGGCGCCUUGCCCCUUGCCCAGCCCUGCUCUGCCGCUCGGAGCCCCGGCGUUCCGAGUUCCGACUCUCCUAAGCCCCCGGUGGUCCCCGCACCAGUUGGUGGGAGCCCCGAACACCGGCCUGGACCCGGGAUCGUCGCAGUGGGACGCCCCCCACCCCCGGCCCCACCUUUCGGAUCCAUCUUUCUUGUCCGUGUGCCCUCCGCCCCGGGUAAGCACACAAGGUGGCCCCAGCGCCGGGACCUGCGUGCAGAGGAGUCCGGACUCUUCCCAACCAAGCCUCCGGCUCCCCAAAGAGCCGAGCCUGCAGUUACCUCGGACGGACCGACUGCUUCAGACUUGCAACUGAGCCAGCUCCAGGGAAGACCCCACCCCGCAGCCGGGGUCCAGCGCCCCAUGAGGGGUCCCAGGUCAGCAGGACAGUCGGACUGAACCCUUAGAUUGGUGCUGCGAGCCGAAGCUGCCACCUUUCUCCGUCCUAGGCUAAGAACUCGGUGCUUGCCCCGAAGAGAACACCGGGGGGGAGGAGAGGGGCUCCUUGUGCCCCCCGCGGCCGGCGAGCCGAGAGCGCAGAUGACCUCAUGAAGCAGGCGCUGUGUUGGACACUGAGAGCAGGAAUCCCCUGGCCCCUCGCCCCAGGAGAAACCCCCCAUUUGGGUCAAGUGGAAAGAAGAAUCCGGAGAACAGUCAGCGGCAGGGACCUUCCAGGCUCUUCCAGUGAAGUGACAUCACCACCUCUGUGGACAGACACCCCUGGAGGCCAGCGCACAGCCACACUUUCUUCCAGGGCCAGCCGGGGCCCUCCAUGGGCGCUUGAGGGCCAGGCACCAGGGUCGCGGGCACGAGCAUGGUGAGACACCAGCCCCUACAGUACUACGAGCCACAGCUGUGCCUCUCCUGCCUCACGGGCAUCUACGGCUGCCGCUGGAAGCGCUACCAGCGCUCACACGAUGACACCACGCCGUGGGAACGUCUCUGGUUCCUGCUGCUCACCUCCACCUUCGGCCUCACGCUCACCUGGCUCUACUUCUGGUGGGAACUGCACAACGAUUACAAUGAAUUCAACUGGUAUCUCUAUAGCCGCAUGGGCUACUGGAGUGACUGGUCCGUGCCCAUCCUUGUGACCACAGCCGCAGCCUUCACAUACAUCGCAGGCCUCCUGGUCCUGGCACUCUGUCACAUUGCGGUGGGACAGCAGAUGAACUUGUACUGGCUACACAAGCUCGGUCUGGUGGUCAUCCUGACCUCCACGGUUGUGGCCAUGUCGGCUGUGGCCCAGCUGUGGGAGGACGAGUGGGAGGUGCUGCUGAUCUCCCUGCAGGGCACAGCGCCGUUCCUGCACAUGGGUGCCCUGGCGGCCAUCACUGCGCUCUCCUGGAUUGUAGCCGGACAGUUUGCCCGAGCGGAGCGGUCUUCCUCUCAGGUGACCAUUCUCUGCAUCUUCUUCACCGUGGUCUUCGCCCUCUACCUGGUGCCUCUCACCAUCUCCUCUCCUUGCAUCAUGGAGAAAAAGGACCUGGGCCCCAAGCCCGCCCUCAUCGGCCACCGCGGGGCCCCCAUGCUGGCUCCAGAGCACACGCUGAUGUCCUUCCGGAAGGCCCUAGAGCACAAAUUGUAUGGGCUCCAAGCUGAUGUCACUAUCAGCCUGGACGGCGUGCCCUUCCUCAUGCAUGACACCACCCUGCGGCGCACCACCAACGUGGAGCAGGCGUUCCCAGAGCUCGCCCACAGGCCCGCUGCCAUGUUCAACUGGACCGUCCUGCAGAGGCUCAAUGCCGGCCAGUGGUUCCUCAAGACCGAUCCCUUUUGGACAGCCAGCUCCCUAUCACCCUCGGACCUCAAAGAGGCCCAGAACCAGUCCAUCUGCAGCCUGGCGGAACUCCUGGAGCUGGCCAAGGGCAAUACCACACUGCUGCUCAACCUCCGUGACCCGCCCCGCGAGCACCCUUACCGCGGCAGCUUCCUCAACGUCACGCUGGACGCCCUGCUGCGCUCCGGCUUCCCGCAGCACCAGGUCAUGUGGCUGCCUAACAAGCAGAGGCCCCUGGUGCGGAAGGUGGCUCCAGGCUUCCAGCAAACAUCUGGCACCAAGGAGGCCAUCAGCAGCCUCCGGAGAAGCCACAUCCAAGGGCUGAACCUUCGCUACACUCAGGUGUCCCGCCAGGAGCUCAGGGACUACGCGUCCUGGAACCUGAGUGUGAACCUCUACACUGUCAACACCCCGUGGCUGUUCUCCCUGCUGUGGUGCGCCGGGGUCCCAUCGGUCACGUCAGACAGCUCCCACACCCUGUCCCAGGUGCCUUCCCCACUCUGGAUCAUGCCCCCGGAUGAGUACUGCCUCAUGUGGGUCACCGCUGACCUGCUGUCCUUCACCCUCAUCGUCGGUAUCUUUGUGCUCCAGAACUAUCACUUGAUCAGGUGGCGCCUGGGUGGCAUACGGAGUUACAACCCUGAGCAGAUCAUGCUGAGUGCCGCUGUGCGCCGGACCAGCCGGGAUGUCAGCAUCAUGAAGGAGAAGCUCAUCUUCUCAGAGAUAAGUGACGGCGUAGAGGUCUCCGAUGAGCUCUCCAUGUGUUCGGACAGCAGUUACGACACCUACGCCAACAGCACAGCCACCUCGAGGGGCCCUCGAGGGGGAGGCAGCCACACCAAGACCCUCACAGACCGGGCUGGGCGUUAACUGAAGAUCCGUCUGCCCAACUUGUACCUGCUACAGAAACAAGAAGGGUGGGAGAGCGGGAAGCGACUAGAUCUGGAACGCCCUGGGAGCUGGCUCCCAGCUCCACGGCCUCCCCAUGGGCUCUGGCCCCUUGUCGGCACCACUUCCCUGGGGCCCAGAGGGACCAGGACUCUGGCCUCACAGAUGCCCCUGCAGGCCUGGGGCUCCUUCAUCCAGGAAGAGAGGGGCUUUUCUCCUGGUCCAUUCUUGCAGCCCUCCCUCACCUCCCCGUCUAGAAACGUUGGUGAGUCACUGGGCCAUGCCAUAUCCUCUGUGGCCAUGUCAUCUGUGCUCACAUGUGUCUGCCCACCUGCCUGUGUCCUGAGGCAACUGACUCUUAUUUAAUUCAUCCUGACCUGAGGAUCUGGGCUGGGCCUCCAUCCCAGCCUAGCAGCUCCAUUUUCCACACCACUCUCAAAGCACAACAAGGAGGCUCAGCCAAGAAGGAAAGCCAGUGGCUGUGGUGAAGACACAUCCCUCUCCCACCCCGACCAGCCUGCUCCAGCCACUGACGCAGCUGGCAUGGCCAGAGGCAUGGGCUCAGGGCUGUUCUGUCUCAUGCCUAACUAUCCAACAGGCCUCUGGGGCAGAAGUGGCCCUGAGGCCUACGAGAGCCACAGACUGAUGUAACCUCAGGUUUUCCCAGUGGUGGCCAUAGGACAGGAGCCACCUGGGAAAAGUGCUCUGGGCCCAGUCAAGCAUGAACCUCUGACCAAGGAGGCUUACAGUGGAGGAAGCCAAGGCCAGGAUAAUUAAAGCUGCCAUCUUGA